AUGACCCGCCUAACAAUAUUAGUCUACCAGCCUUUGGCUUCCUACCCUCAUACAUACCAGUUGUAUCAACUGCGGUGUUCAUUCGCACCACACUUCAGGGUACUAAGCUGGCGCGCGUUGUUCAAGUUGGCCGCCGCCGCGAAUUCAUGCUCGGAUAUGUACGCGCCCCCCGGUUUCCGUUUGCCAUCUCCGCUUUCGGAAGACAGCCAUCCUCCUCCAGGAUUGCCACAAUAUCUAAAACAUCAAGUGUACGACCAACCCGAUGUGUUUUCGAAGGUGGAUGAACAUGCUAUCCAGGUCGCCGGAUGUGAGCAUCCCGCCUUCAGAGACCUUGUCUGGGAUCUAGUUUAUCGAUACAGGCUGGAUGAACUUGAGCGUGCCCGCGUGAUAUUUCGCUGGAUGUCCUCCAAAGAUAUGCAGAACAUACGUUUUGAAUCCUCCCCACCGAAUUCUCCGGAAGAGGUAUUAAUGUCUUUUAAGCACAAUCGCGGCACAUUCGCACGGAUAUUCGAAAUAAUGUGCAGGUAUGUCCAAAAUAGUAUCACCCAUACUGGCUUCAGCUAUUCUGGCAUUCAUUGUAUAACAGUCAGCGGGUAUGCCAAGGGAGUCGACUACCUCCCGGGAGAUCGCUUCUCAGGGUUACCGCCAAACCAUUCCUGGAACGUUGUUCAUAUACGCGGAUCGUGGCAGCUUAUCGACGUCCAUUGGGCUGCGAGGUACCUCAGCUCUGGCAGAAACGCCCCCGAAAACGUUGUAUAUGAGUAUGACGACUUCUAUUUUAUGAUGGAACCCCAACAG